UCACUGCUCUGGGGUGGGCGGGAGGCCUGUGGGCGAGGAAAGUCUCCUGCCAGCUGCAUCGGAGCCACCGCAGUCCGGCUCCCACAGUCCCCUCAGCUGCACACAGAUGGACACCCUUGCAACCCAGGGCCCCACUGCGAUGGACUGGUGGAGGGACAAUUUCUGGAUCAUUCUGGCCGUGGCCAUCAUCCUCGUCUCCUCGGGCCUGGGCCUCAUCCUGUAUUGUGCCUGUCGGCAGCUGCUCAGGCAGGGCAAGAAGUGGGAGAUUGCCAAGCCCUGGGAAGACAAGCAAAGGGAUGAAGAGAAGAUGUACGAGAAUGUUCUUAAUGAACCGUCGGUUCAGUUACCCCCUCUGCCGCCCAGGGGUUUGCUUUUUCCAGAACACAAAUUCCCACAGGAGACCCCAAGUGAGCCACCAGCUACAUACUCGCGGGUCAACAAACUUAGAGACAAGAAGACCGUGUCCAUCCCGAGCUACAUCGAGCCCCUGGACGAUUACGAUGAUGUUGAAAUCCCCGCACAUAUGGAAAAGCAGCGUUUCUGAGACCUCUGGCCCUUCUUUGCCGGCAAGUUAAAGAGGAUUUGCACAGCUUUUUCAACCCACUGAGAACAGAUGAAUCCCAACAGAGAGCGGGAUCCCGAGAGCCCGGGGUCAUGUCGUGGAGCUCUAGAGGACAGAGCUUGUGGUUUAGAGCCAGAAGCACCAGCAUCCAGAGGAACAGGGGCCAAGCUCUGCCCUGGAGAUUCCAAAGGCUCAGGCCUUGAACCUUGAACCUCCCUGGGAGGACCUCUGGGUCCGGUGCCCCCCCCCCCCCCGCCACCCAUGAGAAACACUCUUCCCCUCCUCUUCUCUUAUUUGCUCGAAGUGAUGCCAAAUCUGGGUGUUGGGCGGCUGAGCCUCCAGGCUCCCAUCCCCAGCGCAGCCCCAGGGGUCCCACCCCACUCCCCACCCAUCCCCCCUCCCCCCACUCCCCACCCCGUACCCCAAGGGCUAUGGGCAGCUGUUCCAGCUGCUCGCUCGGCGUGUGCAAGCCACCACAUCACACCUUGCAGGUUCCUCAAGACCAAGCAGUGCAUUUUGUUCUUGUGAACCGUCCCCACCUACACACCCCCCAAACCCCACAGCCUCUCCGUGACAUUAGCCGGAUGGACCCCAGAUUCAGGUUCUCCCGGAUUUUUUUUCCUGUGCCUCCUGGUGGCAUUGUGGCAAUCAACAAGGACAGAAACGGGUCACCCUCUGGGUCAAAGCACAUACACGCAGCAGGGCCAUGUGAGAUACGUGUCCUGGGGAGCUACAGGAAAGGAGACUUCCCCGGGGCAAGUCAUGGGCAAGAGGAAGAAAGGGACAAUUACGUGGCAGGUUCAAGAGGAGGGUUCCUUCAGUCACGUUCUGCUCAAACAGCACUGAGAUCGCUGUCCCCGAGCGUGUCUGGGAGGCCGCGCUGCACCGCGUGGAGUCUCUGGGGUCAGAUGCGUGGAAGGGGCUGGGGUCCUGCCAUGGAAGUGCCCCCAACCCCGAGGCCAGAGGCAGCCUGGAGGCUCUGGAACCUCGUCCAUUCCUCGGCAUUGAUCAGCUGAGCCCUCAGAUUGGCGCGUCCUAAGCAGACCCGAGACCUGAUUUCUAAACAAUCCCCAGGGACUCCCGCAGAGCAGGCUCGCAGGGAGAGCGCCACGGAGCUCCGAAAGGCCGAGUGACCGUUGGACUGAGCUCCUCCUCCAGACACCGACACUGCGUGCUCAAGCUGUGUUCACCGCGGGACCAGUGGGGAAGGGCCUUCCUCCAGCUUCUGUCUUUCUAGAUUCCCAGCAGACUUUCUGUGUGACCACCGCCUUCUCGUGGGCCACAUGGUCCUCUCACUGUGGCCUGACGGACCCCUGGAGCCCCAGGAGCCAGAAAGGCCUCACUCCCCAAGUUACA